CCCUGGCUAAAUCCCCCCUCUGCCCCACACAAAAUUUGGCCUUGAUCUUGGCAGGUCCUGGAGGAGAGUGGAAACUCCUCCCUGGCCAGGUGUCGGGGGUUUUUGAUUCCCAUGGGCUGGCGUUUGGUGCUGAUGCGGGCAUUUCCUCUACCCCCUUGGACCUUGGCCUGGAGCUCAGGAGCCCUUCCUGUCACCCUUGUCCUUUUCCCUCAAUAGCCGUGGGCACCUGGUUCCAGCGCAUAUGCGCCUGGAGACACCUGCCUUCCCUCCCCCUUGUCCCAGGUCUGGUCCUGAGCAGUGGGUGGUGACAGGCUGGUCCUUGCUGCAGGCAGAGUCUCUGGCAGAGUAGCAUGGUUCCCCGAGUUCUCAUUCCCCAGGUGGGGUUAGAGUCGCUCCAUCAGUUGUUCGGGACCAGGUGCAGGCGGGGUCCUAAGAAGUGGAGUCAUGUCCUCUGAGGUGGGAGUGGAGGUAGAGGCAGACAACAAACAAGAUGAUUUCAGAUUCUGGGGAUGCCAUGAAGAAAACUCAGUGGUGGUGGUGGGGCUGCUACCUCAGAGAGGGUGGUUAGGGAAGGCCUCUCUCCAGUGUCCCAGACUGAAGGGACAGCAGGGACAAAGACGUGGCAAUGGGGAGACUGUGCCUGGAGCCAGUGAGUGAGGAAAUGAGAGGACCCUGUGGGCCUAGCAGGGAUCUGGGCUUCAUUCUGCAAGCAGUGGGGGCUCCUGAAAGCCCCGUGGAGAGUGUUAAAUAGGGCAGAGUCUUGCUUCCCCAAAGCUAUGGGUCUAUGAGCCCCAUAGCGCCCUGGGUUUUCUGAGCACUGUCAGCUGGGGACCAGGGCCUAUGGCCAGGCUGGCUGAUUUGUCCGCCCAUUGCAGCUAGUAGCGGCCCCCUCCAACCCUCAGGGUUCUCCUUUAUAAAAUGGGGUGAUAAUUCUAUGUCACAAGGUGAUGCUUGGCCCUACCUGCUGUCAUCCUGUUCCCCCCUACAGGCCCAGCCACCCAUUGCCCAGAAUGCCUGAGGGCCCCGAGCUACAUCUGGCCAGUCUCUAUGUGAACGAGGCGUGCAAGGGACUGGUGUUUGCCGGGUGUGUGGAGAAGUCACCCGUCAGCCGCAACCCCGAGGUGCCGUUUGAGAGCAGCGCAUACUGCAUCUCCUCCUCGGCCCGUGGCAAGGAGCUGCGCCUGACUCUGAGCCCCCUGCCUGGGUCCCAGCCCCCACAGGAGCCACUGGCCCUGGUCUUCCGCUUUGGCAUGUCUGGCUCCUUCCAGCUGGCGCCCCGGGACGCACUGCCAGCCCAUGCCCACCUGCGCUUUUACACAGCUCCCCCUGGUCCCCCACUCGCCCUCUGCUUCGUGGACAUCCGCCGCUUCGGCCAUUGGGACCUCGGGGGCGAGUGGCAGCCCGGCCGCGGGCCUUGUGUCUUGCUGGAGUACGAGCAGUUCAGGGAGAACGUGUUACGAAACCUAGCGGACAAGGUCUUUGACCAGCCCAUCUGCGAGGCCCUCUUGGACCAGAGGUUCUUCAAUGGCAUUGGCAACUAUCUGCGGGCAGAGAUCCUGUACCGGCUGAGGAUACCCCCUUUUGAGAAGGCCCGUAAGAUUCUAGAGGAGCUGCAGCAGCGCAGGCCGAGCCCGGAGCUGACCCUGAGCCAGAAGAUCAGGGCUAAGCUGCAGAACCCAGACCUGCUGGAACUGUGUCACUCCGUGCCCAAGGAAGUGGUCCAGCUGGGGGGCAAAGGAUAUGGGCCAGAGCAUGGGGAGGAGGACUUCGCUGCCUUCCGAGCAUGGCUGCAGUGCUAUGGCGUGCCUGGCAUGAGCUCCCUGCGGGACCGGCGUGGCCGGACCAUCUGGUUCCAGGGGGAUCCUGGACCCCUGGCCCCGAAAGGAGGCAAGUCCCGCAAGAAGAAAUCCAAAGGAGCACAGCAGGGGCCUGAGCACAGACUGGAGGACCCUCUCGUUCCAAGCACAGCCCCUUCCAGGACACGUGGGACACCCAGAGACCCUCCUGGUCAAAGUACAGCCCAGCAGCCAGAGGGGACCAGCCUCCAGCAGGACCCAGGGGUCCCGCCAGUCCCUGGGAAGGGAAAAAGGAGGAGGAGACCAGCAACCUCAGGCCACCGCAGACCCCGAAGGAUCAAAGCUGACACCCCAUCCUUGGAUAAUGAGGGGACGGCAGCCUCUUAGCAGGAGGGCCUCCUUGCUCUGCCAAGCCCUGCGGGGCCUGGGCUGCUGGGGGCCAGGUGCCCCGGUUCUGUGGCUAUUCCCUACACAACUAUGAUGUUUUUAAUUGCACCCCAUUCCUCAUUUUUUAAACCCACAUGAAAAAUGCUAUCAUUUUUAAUAAACAAAUACACUUGAA